AUGAGUUCUUUAAAGCGGGAAAGAAGUACUUCUUCCAAAAAUUCUAUCAACUACCGUCCUCCUACCCCUCUCGGUCAUGUGGAAAUUGAAAUCGAAGGGCUGGAAGCUGUUUGUAAAGACCAUGAGAUUGAGACAUAUUUUCAGAAACUUAUACAGAUCACAAAGUUCAGCGGAUUGCUAUUCUCCCCGAACGGAUCAUAUCUACAAUGGUGUAUAAACAGCAUUAUCAACAUUUUCGUGGUGGCCCUAGUUACCUGGGUUUUAAUCUUGGAAAUCCAACUAGUCUCUUCUGAAAACCUGGACAAAAACUUGGAAGUUUCGACAGUGCUGUGUGGCAUUUUGUGGACUGCUCAAGCUAUGAUAUCAAUGGCUUUCAUCAUUUGGUGGCAGGUGCAUGGCGAUGUAUGGGAAUACAUUAUCAAUGUGUCAAAAUCCCAGAGAGGAGCAUGUAUAGCAAAAGGAUCAAGAAUACUCUGCCGCAAUAUCAUCGCAUUCCGGUUGAUCAGUGGCUUACUGCUGGUUUUUAUACUUUUCGUACACUACAACCCUUACAUGGAUCCUUUUGAUAAGUAUGACUUGACUCACCGUCUUUUCACCAAGUUGUUACACAGCUACACCACUCUUCACCUGAUUUCUUGCUGGAAUCUAGCUAUAUUCCUCUUUAAUAUGUUAAUAGAUGGAACUUAUCUGGAAGUCAAGCAUUUCAAUGAUGUUGUGUCCGAACUUGAUGGAACGGACGAACCGUACAUCAAAAAGCAGCUCUUGGACCUUAUAACAAGGCACUCUGGGAUCGUUAAAGCCAUCCAUGGACUAGACAAGCUGUUCAGAGUAUACGCUUUCACAAUGAUUGCCACUAUGAUUCCGACAACCUUAGUUUGUUUAAUAAUGUUGGCUCAUCGUGUUGAUGAUUAUACAGAUCUUCUUUUAUUCGGCUUGCCUUCUCUGAUCAUAACCGUCUACGGUUUCCUCGGAUUAACGUUGGCUCCUGCACGUCUCUAUGAAGAGAUUUAUCGCUCAAAGAACUGCUUAUGCCAGAAUGUCAAGAUUUGGUUUCCUUACAGAGCAGACGUAUACCAAAUCGCCACUGUUCUGAGCUCUCACAUGGACCAACCGAACAUGGGGAUGACUAUUUGGGGUUUUGCUGUUCUCUCUAAGCCUCUAAUUCUUGCGACCUUCUCCGGAAUGGUUAUGAUGAUGUCCCUUCUACUCGACAUCGUUCCGACAAUUGAGGAGAUCGUAGAAGAAAACGAAGAAGAGUAUCAUAGUUUGAUGAACUCCACAGUGUUCUGA